AUGAGAAUAAGGUUGAAAUGGGUCGCUGUGUUUCCCGGAAGGCGCGCCGGAUGCUUGGUUGCCGCGAUACCGUUGCCAAGCAACCGCGUGUACAUACACACGCUCCUGGCCGGCGGUGGUCAAGUGAACGUGGCGGCGCCGGGCCUCAAGAUGAACUCUCCCUCUGAGGCGUCGCCCUCUUCGGUAUCGCCGCCUGAAUUGCCACCCACUCCACCCCCGACCUCGACCGCCGUUUUGAAGUCGUCCCUGGAUUCGAAGACUAGCUCCUCCAUCCCACUGUUCCGCUGGUCGUGUCCCGAGGAGUCGCUGCCCAUCGCCGCUUUUUACGGGCCGUUGGACGCUAAAAACCCGCUGCUCUCCUCUUUCGAGAAGGAGAUCCGGGAGUUGUUAGGUUUUAUCAAGAAAAAGAAGGCGUUAGCGACCACGGAGGAGCAGAAGCAUGAAUUCCGGCGGCGUUGUGCCACCACGUUGUUUAAUAUCUGGACCAAAUACGCCCCCAGGCUGCCAGCUGACUAUUAUAAUGAAAAGCUUCUGAAGGUUGGAGAUAGCCUUUGUCAAAUGAAAGAAUACAAACUGGCCCUUUUGCAGUGCUAUGGAAGAUAUCUUCAGCAGUUCAGUACCAGUUUCGAUGAGAAUCGAGCAGAUGUGAAUCAGUUCAAAAUUGUCUUUUUUCCAAAAGGCGUGGCAGAUGAAACUGCUGCUCUUACCUUUCAUGCUUUGAGUAGGAAAAAUAUUUGCAGCUACCAGCUGGUGUGUGAGAGUGACGUAAACCUGCAAAAUAAGGGGUCCGUGAGGGAGUGUCUGCACAUCCUGUCGUCCUUACGGCUCAUCAUGCAGGUGGCCCUCCCCCAGGAGCACCUGUGCUGGAUUAUUUUCAAUGGUACCAUUUUCAUUUACACCAUUUGCCGAAAACUGAUGGUCAUAGGUAAAUCUUCUAAGGCCUUAGAAUACCUGCUGUGGGCCAGCAUAUGCAUGGAAUCCUCUGUUCCGCUCCUGUCCAUCAGGUACCUGACGUGGAGAGCUACCUUGUACACAGCUGUUUGCCAGUGCUACUAUGACUGCCAAGCUGGUAUUCAUGGAGAGGCAUUUGCUCGGCGGGCUUUAGCUAAAAUUGAUGAGUUAAGACAACUGGAAUUAAUGAGUACCUCAAAAUCACAGGAGGAAGAAUCCAGAGGAUAUUACAGAGAGGCCACAAUAAAGAUGGCAGUGAUGAUCUUCAAACGAGGAGUAUUUGAAUCUAGAAGAAAAAACAAAGCUUUGUUUAGACCAAAGAUAAGAGUUAACCUAAAGGAAGCACAAAGUCUGUCGUGGCCACGCACUGUCACAGAACGGCUAUUGGAAGAGCUGUUUGACAGCACUGCGACCCGGUUUCUGGCUGUCCUGGAAGCACUUUCUGAUUCAAACAGGCGAACGCUGCAAACUGGAACUGUUGUCACCGAUGAAGUGGAGCUGCGUGAUGUUGUCUCAGAGCUGUUCAUGGCAGGAAAAGAACUUCUAAUCCUUUCAAACACUGGUGCAAAUGGAAAACUCGAGUUCCCAAAAACAUCUCUUCGGGAGCUUAUGAUACAAAGGAAAAAUCUUAUUUCUAUGGAUGCUGCUUUGAAAUUUGUAAAAUUAGCUUUUACUUAUGAAGAAUGGUCUUUAUUUGAAUCUUCUGCUAGGCAGCUUGUUCAUUUUCUCCAGAGGCAGGAUGAUCCGGAGUCAAAAAAAGCAGAGAAGGAUUUAAUUCUUCUGAUUGCAAUAGAACCACUAAUCAAUGUAAAGAGAAACAAAGGUUUGAUCUUUCCUUUGGAAAACGAUAAAGAAGGAGAAUCACUUCAGUCCUACCUGAGCAAAAUUAUUUAUCGUGGUACUUGUGUGGGGAAUUGUGGAUACUCUGAAGACAUUUUUCAUUUGGCAGCCAUCUUGCAUUACUGUGUCUGUGACUCUCACCAGGGUGUGCAGCCUGAUAAAGAGAUUGUUGUGGAUGUGAUAAUGUUCCUGUGGCAAAAAUGCAAAUCUGGAAUUCAGAGGAUCAGUGUGUCCAAAAGUGACUAUGCCAAGUUCACGCAGAAAAUCAGCACCAACAAAUGGAUUUAUCUUCUGUGGCAAUUAAGUGAGGUGAUUCACUGCUAUAAAAUGGAAGGUAUUGAUGUUGUGGUGGUGGCGGAGAUCACAUUGCGAUUAAACGAAAUAUUAGAGUCUUUGGGAAGCCCAAGACAGAAAUUUAGAAAAUCAGUAGUUGCAUCUUUAAAAAAAGGGAUUGAGGAAUUCCCUGCUCCAAAAGGGAUCCUGGAAGUUCUUCCAAUAUUAAAGAAAGAACCUGUGGAACAGUUGUUUACGCUUAUGAUCUUCUUGAUAAGCAUCAAUAGAAUGAAUUUAAAUUACAUGUUAACUGCCUUGCCAAAUGGAUCGUCAAUAAUAGACCACUGCUAUGUCAAGUGCUUCUAUGAUAUAGCUGGAGACACUUACAAACCAAUCUCAGCAAAAUAGUUUUUGAUGGAUUUGCAUCUUGAACUAAUUCAAGCUCAGCACCGAAUAGCUGUCAUGCUUCUUGACCAACUGCAAGUUUUGCAGACUCAAACUGUUAGCAAAAAUAUGUCUACUAAAUGUUCAGAAAAGUUAAAGCAAUCUGCCAGCACCGAUUGUUUUACAGAGUUAAGUGUAAUGAAUAUAAAGAAGAAUAAACUAUCCAAAGCAGUUUACUUAAUGCAGAAGCUCUUUUAAUAUUUGAGAGAUGCUCCAACCUCUACAUCUUCAGGCAACUUUUUAAUGGAAGCAUAUUCUUUAAUUGAGAGGAGCGAAGAAGAACAAAAUGCUCUAUAUUCAUAUCAGAAAUAUUUGGAAAGUUCAAAAACAAAGAAAAGCAGAAUCCCUCCUCCACCUAUCGUGCUAUCCCGAACUCAUUGUUCUGUGACACUCAAACCUGCUCCGUUCACUCCAGAUGUUAAGGUGUCCUGGUAUUGCAUUUUGGGUUGCAAGGCAGAAGGAAACUAUGGGAAAGUAAGGCUAAAUGAUAAUCACCUCCCAAAUUCAGGAGAAGCGAUACCAGCUGAUGGUAAAAGCAUUUUUGAAGUGAAAGGUUUAGAAACAAAUGAAAAAUACAUCUUUGCAAUUGCUGCUUAUUCUUGUAAUGGGAAGCUCAUCGGUGGUGCUGUUGGGGAGACAACAAAGCCUAUUCUGAUUUAUCCACCUCUUUCUGCUGUAACUGCUCGGAUGUACCUGACACAGGUUGCCUAUCAGAUUGGAAAUUAUGAGUUAGCUAAGAAAGUGUUCGCACCAGUUUGGGAUUAUUUUGUUGUCUCACCACUUCAGGAUGAACAAUCUGUUAUUUCUUUAAGCAAUAUAAUGACAAUAACACAGAGAAGAUUACAUUCAGAUAUUUUGGCAGAAACUUCUUCAAUCCUCUUAUACCUUUUUCUUAGAAAUAUCUUUGUAACAAGUGACAUUAAAAUUAAAGAAGAAAAUCUUUUUUGUGAUAAUAUCAAAGGCAAUGAGAUUUUCCCUGCUCAACAAAUUGCUAGACUUAUUGAAUGUGAGAGAGUACUAGUGGCAUUGGAACUUAGUAACUUCCUAAAUGACUCCAGCUAUGCCCUUCAAGCUGUGACUCAAUGUUAUGGCCUCCUUGCUCCUAUAAUAUAUCACAAUAUUGUUUUGGUACCUGUCAUACAGAUAUUGAUAAAGUGUAUGGUGGUUUUGCAAGGACUACCAAGUAUUACACUCUCAAAGAAACAUAUUUCAAGUUUCGAAAGUGUACAGCACAUGAUAGCUUGUUGUAUCUUCUACAUGACAAAGAUUCUACGUUCAUGGAAGGAAUAUGAGCUGGCAAUAAUGAUUAUAAAUUAUGGAAAAAAGAUGUUGGACAUCACUUCAGGCUGCAAAUCUCUAUUUGGUAAUAUUGAACCAGAAGAAAUGGCAGACGAGGGUUCUAAGAAAACUUUUAAAAUGAAGAAGCCACUGCAGAUACUGUUGCCUGAAAAGUUAAAUGAACAGCUGGCCUUGUUGGAGAACCACCUACUCAAGUUGACAAAGCAAUACAUUGCAUCUGAGCUCUCAGGAACAGAGGACCCUAUAUUUCUUUACCCUGUGGUUUUAAAUUGGUCUGUGAAAGGUGCUGUGAAGGAAGUUAUGAAAUUUAAGCAUAGACCUAGGUUCCUGGAAUUUUUUAUCCAAGUUAUGCUUAAAUGCAUGAAUGAUGAAAAAUUUCACCUUGUAGUGGAGAUAACUGCUCCUGUUACUGACUUCAUGAGAAGGAGGAAUGAGUCCCUUCUUGGAGUAAAAAAAAUAAAAUAUAAGGACAAUGCUCUUGGUAAAAAGUUAAGCAAACCUGGGAAGAAGUUCAAAGCUGUAAUAUUAGAGUUUGGAAGGAGUACAGAAAUGACAUCAAGGAGAAGACAUAAAAGAAAAGAAAAUCUAAGAGAUUUUCUUUCCAAAAAUCCAUCUCUUCUUGAAAUGCCAGAAUAUGAAAGAAAUAAAAGAGCGGAUGUUAGAAAAAUAGCAUAUCGAUGUCUGACAGAUAACUUGAAUCCUCUAAUACUAAAUCAUGCUAAAAGAAAGAGGUUUCAUCAAAUAUUUCUUGAGGAGAUGCCUUGGAGAGCUCAGAUGAACAUAUAUCUGGCAAGUGCACACUUCCACUUGCUUCUACAGAAGCUAGGGGACCAUAUGAGGAUGAAGUUUGGCACUUCCCCCUCCAUGGUCAGUUUCCGCUCACUUGAUCCUAAUCUAUUCUCACUAUAUAAUUCAGGAACAGUAUUACCAACAGCAAAAUUGACUCUAGAAAAUUAUAAAGCAAUUCUUAAUUUUCUUCUUUCAACUAAAAAAAGAAAGGCCAACUUACCAUCAGAUACUGAAGAAUUUUCUGCAUUUACAAAUCUCAAAGUCAAUGAAGAAAAUAUUUCCAAGAUACAUACAAUUUAUGAUUCAGACUCUCAAUUAGGUGCUAGUGCCAAAGAAAAGGAUCGAGCAUCAAACUUGGGAUUGGAUCAUUUUAUGAAAACUUUUUUAUAUUGCAGGAGAGCAAUGGUAAUAUGA